AUGGAUCCCAUGGAACUGAGAAAUGUCAACAUCGAACCAGAUGAUGAGAGCAGCAGUGGAGAAAGUGUUCAAGAUAGCUACACCGGGAUGGGAAAUUUAGAAAAGGCAGCAAUGAGCAGUCAGUUUGCUAAUGAAGAUACUGAAAGCCAGAAAUUCCUGACAAAUGGAUUUUUGGGGAAAAAGAAGCUGGCAGAUUACGAUGAUGAGCAUCAUCCUGGAGCCACGUCCUUUGGAAUGUCCUCAUUCAACCUGAGUAAUGCAAUCAUGGGCAGUGGAGUCCUGGGCUUGUCCUACGCCAUGGCCAACACGGGAAUCGUACUUUUUAUAAUCAUGCUGCUUGCUGUGGCAAUAUUAUCACUCUAUUCAGUUCACCUUUUAUUAAAGACAGCCAAGGAAGGAGGGUCCUUAAUUUAUGAAAAAUUAGGGGAAAAGGCAUUUGGAUGGCCUGGAAAAAUUGGAGCUUUUAUUUCCAUUACAAUGCAGAACAUUGGAGCGAUGUCAAGCUACCUCUUUAUUAUUAAAUAUGAACUACCUGAAGUAAUCAGAGCGUUCAUGGGACUUGAAGAAAAUACUGGAGAAUGGUACCUCAAUGGCAACUACCUCGUCAUAUUUGUGUCUGUUGGAGUUAUUCUUCCACUUUCUCUUCUUAAAAAUUUAGGUUACCUUGGUUAUACCAGUGGAUUUUCUCUUACCUGCAUGGUGUUUUUUGUCAGUGUGGUGAUUUACAAGAAAUUCCAAAUACCCUGCCCUUUGCCGGUUCUGGAUCAUAAUGUUGGAAAUAUGACGUUCAAUAUCACACUUCCGAUGCACGUGGUAAUGUUACCCAACAACUCUGAGAGUACUGGUGUGAACUUCAUGAUGGAUUACACCCACCGCAGUCCGGCAGGGCUGGAUGACAACCAGGCCAAGGGCUCUCUUCAAGGCAGUGGAGUAGAAUAUGAAGCCCAUAGUGAGGACAAGUGCCAACCCAAAUACUUUGUAUUCAACUCCCGGACGGCCUAUGCAAUCCCUAUCCUAGCAUUUGCUUUUGUAUGCCACCCUGAGGUCCUUCCCAUCUACAGUGAACUUAAAGAACGGUCCCAGAGGAAGAUGCAGACAGUGUCAAAUAUUUCCAUCACAGGGAUGCUUGUCAUGUACCUUCUUGCUGCCCUUUUUGGUUACCUGACCUUCUAUGGAGAAGUUGAAGAUGAGUUACUUCAUGCUUACAGCAAAGCAUAUACAUUUGACACCCCUCUUCUCAUGGUACGCCUGGCAGUCCUUGUGGCAGUAACACUGACUGUGCCCAUUGUCCUGUUCCCAAUUCGUUCAUCAGUGACCACACUCUUAUUUGCCAAGAGACCCUUCAGCUGGAUAAGACAUUUUUUGAUUGCAGCCAUACUUAUUACACUUAAUAAUGUUCUGGUCAUCCUUGUGCCAACUAUAAAAUACAUCUUUGGAUUCAUAGGGGCUUCUGCUGCCACUAUGCUGAUUUUCAUCCUUCCAGCAGCUUUUUAUCUUAGACUUGUCAAGAAGGAACCCCUUAGGUCACCCCAAAAGAUCGGGGCUUUAAUUUUCCUUUUGGUUGGAAUCAUCUUUAUGAUUGGAAGCAUGGCGCUCAUUAUAAUUGACUGGAUUUACAAUCCUCCAAAUUCCAAGCAUCACUAA